GCGCCUAUGGUGCAAGGGGUGUUCUAUGGAUGGCUAAGGAAAAGCUUAGUUGGCACUGAUCCCUCCUUUCCAUAUAGACGUAGCUUACAUUAGGCAGCAAAUAGUCUGUUAUGCAUCGUAAAUAGUGCGUGUUUACAGAGCAUAGUGAAUGCAUGUUUAGCCAUGCGAUGAGGCCAGUGCACUUUGCAAGACUUGUGCUGCAGAGAGCCUCCGCAGAUCCCACGACCUGUUGCUGACAAGCUGGGAGAAGGAGAGGUGAGAGCCGCUUGAGAAGGGUAGCCUACUGCCUUGGAGACGAGAGCCGGUGGUUUCUUCACCCGGGAAAUCAUGCAGUUUGCAAUUUGGCUGGUUGGACUAAUGUGUCAUCUGUCAGCACUUGUCCGGAACUCCUUGGAAUACCGAUUGCAUCCGAAACAAGAAAGUUUCAUCAAACAGUUGUCAUCCUAUGAAAUUAUCACCCCGCUGCGGAUAAAUGAUUUCGGAGAAUCAUUCACCCACAAGUUUCACUACAAAAGGAAACGGAGAAGUGUUAAUUCUGAUUAUUCGGAUGGUUUAAGUGCUCACUACAGAAUUGAGGCAUUCGGACAACGCUUUCAUCUCAAUCUAACCGCCGACUCCGGUUUUAUUGCCCCCACGUACACUGUGACACAUUUGGGAGCGGAACACAGCAACGCAACGGAGUCCCAACAACAAAAAGACAGCGAUAUGCGGCACUGCUUUUUCCGCGGACACGUCAACGCCAAGAUUGAAUCCACUGCAGUCUUCAGUCUGUGCACUGGUCUUAUCGGGACUUUUACCACCCAGCAUGGUGAAUACUUCUUAGAGCCCCUGAUGAAGGCGGAGGAGGGGGAGGAGUACGACGAGGAGCACAACAAACCUCACCUCGUCUACAGACAGGACAGGAAGAGGAGAGAGGGCCCUGCCAGUGAACCCACGCAACCCUGUUCAGCCUCAGAGGAAGGAUCGGAAAGGCCAGUUGUCAAUCUUCAGAGCGAUAGGAGUAUGGGAGAAGAGUUGGAUUCCCUGAGAGAUAGAAUGGACAUCCACCACACCGGCUACGAGAUAGACCACACGACAGAACAUCACGUAGGCAACCACACCACCAACUCUUCAGACCCCCGUCACAGAGCCUCGUCCAGGCAGAAAAGGUUCCUCUCGUACCCCCGCUACGUGGAACUGAUGCUGACUGCUGACGUCAAGAUGGCGCGCCACCACGGACGCAACCUCGAGCACUACAUCCUAACAAUCAUGUCAGUAGUUGCUGCGGUCUACAGCGACCCAAGUGUAGGAAACCUCAUCAACGUCAUGAUUGUCAAGCUGAUCGUCAUCCACAAUGAACAGGAUGGGCCCUCGAUCAAUUUCAAUGCUGCUACUACCCUCCACAACUUCUGUGUCUGGCAACAGACCCAAAAUGUCCAGGACGACAGUCACCCUUCCCACCACGACACUGCACUCCUCAUAACAAGGGAAGACAUCUGCCGAGCGAAAGACAAGUGUGACACAUUGGGGCUGGCGGAGCUGGGGACCAUGUGUGACCCGUACCGGAGCUGCUCCAUCAGCGAAGAGAACGGACUCAGCGCUUCAUUCACCAUCGCUCACGAGCUGGGCCAUGUGUUCAACAUGCCCCACGAUGACAACCCCAAAUGCAGGGAGGCAGGCAUGAAGCACCAGUAUCAUGUCAUGGCGCCCACCCUCAACUACGACACCAGCCCCUGGUCCUGGUCCAAAUGUAGUCGCAAGUACAUCACCGAGUUUCUGGACACAGGGUAUGGAGAGUGCCUAUUGGACGAGCCAGUGAGCAGGACGUACGAGCUGCCCAACCACCUCCCUGGUCAGGUUUACAACGCCAACCGGCAGUGUGAGCUCAUGUUUGGCCCCGGCUCCAUGGUCUGCCCUUACAUGAAACAAUGCAAGAGGCUUUGGUGUACGAGUGCUGAGGGGGACCAUAAAGGGUGUCGGACACAGCACAUGCCCUUGGCUGAUGGGACAGACUGUGGACAUGGAAUGCACUGCAGACAUGGGAAGUGUGUGAACAAGGAGCUGGACCUGCGGCCGGUCCAUGGGGAGUGGGGCCCCUGGGGACCCUACAGUGUCUGCUCCAGGACCUGUGGAGGAGGCACCAGGAGCACCUCCAGAGACUGCAACAACCCUGAGCCCAGGAACAGAGGAAGGUUCUGUGUGGGUCGAAGGAUGAAGUUCCGGUCGUGCAACACUGAGCCGUGUCCCAGAGGACAAAGAGACUUCCGCGAGGAGCAGUGCUCUCAGUUCGACGGCAAGCACUUCAACAUCAACGGUCUACCUCCCACCGUCCGCUGGAUGCCCAAGUACAGCGGUAUUCUAAUGAAGGAUCGGUGCAAGCUUUUCUGUCGGGUUACCGGGACGAUGGCCUACUAUCAGCUGAAGGACCGCGUCAUCGACGGCACACCAUGUGGCCCAGACACCUACGACAUCUGCGUUCAAGGCCUCUGUCGGCAAGCAGGCUGUGACCAUGUGUUGAACUCCAAGGCGAAGAACGACAAGUGUGGAGUGUGUGGAGGGGACAACUCCUCCUGCAAAACCCUCGCUGGGACCUUCAACGACGCCGAGUAUGGUUACAACACAGUAGUUCGGAUCCCUGCAGGAGCCACCAACAUUGAUAUCAAACAGGUCAGCUACUCUGGGAAGCCGGAGGAUGACAACUACCUCGCUUUAUCUGACAGCCAUUCUAACUUUCUCCUGAAUGGAAACUUUGUGGUGGCCAUGUUCAAAAGGGAAAUCACCUUCAAGGGAACCGUCAUUGAGUACAGCGGCUCAGACACCAAAGAGGAGCGCAUCAACUGCACCGAACGUGUUGAGGAGGAACUCAUCCUACAGGUUCUGUGUGUGGGGAACCUGUACAACCCAGACGUGCGCUACUCGUUCAACAUCCCCAUCGAGGAGCACAGGGAACAGUUUGUGUGGGACCCCUCGGGCUCCUGGCUGGAGUGCAGCCGCAUGUGUCAGGGUGAGCGAUGGCGCAAGGCAGCGUGUGUGAGGAAGAGUGACCACCUGGGGGUUUCUGACCAGCGCUGUGAGCCUCUACCCCGUCCCAACGCUGCCACUGAGCCAUGUAACACUGACUGUGAACUCAGGUGGCACAUAGCAGGGAAGAGUGAGUGCUCUGCUAAGUGUGGCCCUGGCUACCGGACCCUGGACGUGCAGUGUAUGAGGUACAGCUCGCUGAAGAGGCAGAGUGAGAGGGUGGAGGGGAGGGCCUGUUCUGACCUACCCAAACCACAGGCCAGAGAGGCCUGCCACGGCGACUGUCUGCUCAAGAGCUGGCAGUACAGCACCUGGUCCCAGUGUUCGAAGACGUGUGGUCGCGGGGCUCGUACCAGGGACUCCUACUGUAUGAAUAACCUGGGGAGGAGACUGGUGGACAGGGACUGUAGUGACUCCCUGAGACUGGUAACCGAGAGCUGCAACGACCAGGCCUGCCCUGGCUGGUCAGCCAGCGAGUGGAGCGAGUGCUUGGUGACGUGUGGGAAGGGGAUGAGGCACAGGCAGGUGUCCUGUAGCAUGGGGGUAGGAGAGGAGAAGCUGAGCGAACACUUCUGUGACCCGAAUGCUAAGCCCCCGGCUGUCGGGAGCUGUGAACUGCCAGAGUGUGCCUCCUGGCAGGUCGGAGUCUGGGGACCGUGUGCGGUGACGUGUGGCCAUGGUUACCAGAUGCGGGCUGUGAGGUGUGUGUCAGGGGCGUAUGGUGACACGGUGGAUGACAGGGAGUGUAACGCUGCAUCCAGACCCAGGGACAGCCAGGACUGUGAGGUGGCACCGUGUCCCUGGGCCUCUCCUCAACACAGCACUGUCCGCCCUGACAGCUCUGGUCAGCUCUUCACACAGUGGAGAUACGGCUCCUGGACCACGUGCUCUGUCUCCUGUGGGAAAGGGAAGCGUGCCCGUUACGUCAGCUGUCGGGACGCCCAGGGUGGAGUGGCAGACGAGUCCUACUGUGCCCAGCUGCUCCGGCCCCCAGAAUCCUCAGCCUGCUUCAGCCCGUGUGGCCAGUGGCGCUCCUGGGAGUGGUCUCCUUGUUCAGUGACGUGUGGUGUGGGCCGGGCCACCAGGCAGGUGGUGUGCAGUAACUACCACCACCAGGUUGACGAGUCCUUCUGCGAUCAGGACGAGAGGCCCAGCACAGAGCAGGAGUGUACAGGUGCCCCCUGCCCCUCCGUGUACCGCCAGAGGCCCAACGACCAGCCCUACAGCCCCCACGACCCCGCCAGCCACCCGGGACACAGCAGCUGGAACGUCCCCUCGGCAGACAACCAGUGGAGGACGGGGCCCUGGGGAGGAUGCUCCAGUACGUGUGCGGGGGGCUUCCAGAGGAGGGUGGUGGUGUGUCAGGAUGCGGAGGGUCGCAGCACCAGCCACUGUGACCAGAGGGUCAAACCUGCCGAGUCCAAGAACUGCGACUCAGGACCCUGCCCUCUGUGGAACUACGGUGUCUGGGGAGAGUGUACCCAGACGUGUGGUGGAGGCAGGAGGACGCGCCAGGUGGUAUGCCAACGGCCCAACGGUCAAAGACUCAGCGACCACAACUGUGACAUCCUGGACAAGCCUCCUGACGUGGAGCAGUGUAACCUGGACCUGUGCCCGGGCAGCGCAUCCUGGCACCGCCGACCAUGGAAGCCGUGUUCUGUGAGCUGUGGCCGUGGGACCAAGGAGCGGGAGAUAGCCUGUGUUUACCCAAACCAAACCCAAAUAGAGGAAGAUCACUGCAGUCAUCUGUCACGUCCCCGGACACAAAAGGCCUGCCGAGCCCGGGGAUGCCCCAACUGGAAAGCCAACAGGUGGAGCGAGUGCUCUGUCCCCUGUGGAGUAGGGGUCCAGAACAGGGAAGUGUACUGCAGACUGAAGGGUACAGGACGGGUAAGAGAAGAGCUGUGUGGUUCCCACAACCAUCCUGCCACUGCCCAGCCCUGCCAGGCUACUGAGUGUCUCCAUUACACCUGGGCAGCCGGAGAGUGGCAAGAUUGUAACGCCACCUGUGGAGAAGGUAUGAGGAACAGGAAGGUUCUGUGUGUGGGGGCUGGGCUGACCCCUGUCCAGGACGCCCUCUGUGACCCCUCGUCUUGCCCUGCCCUGCGCCAGCCCUGCAGUGGAGCAGCCUGCCACUACACGUGGAUGACAGGGGAGUGGUCACAGUGCUCUACCAGCUGUGGAGUGGGCUACCAGCAGCGUAUAGUGUCCUGCUCUGUGAUGCCAUCCUCCCUGACCCUGCACCCAUAUGAUGCACAGUCCCGCCCCCACUGUCCAGAGCCCCACCCUCCUGGCACCAGACAGUGCCUCCUUAGGGACUGCCCACAAGCUGCCUACUGGAAAGUUGGCCCAUGGAGCAAGUGCUCCCAGACGUGUGGAGCGGGAGUGAUGGAGCGCAGGUUGGAGUGUCUGGCCUCUAAAGGCCAACCGUCCAAACACUGCCGUCCAGCCGAGAGGCCCGAGUCACGGGCCGCCUGCCGAGAGAGAGAGUGUCAGCUGUUCGUGUCCUGCAGAGAGGUCCAGAUGAGACAGGAAGUGAGGAUGGAUGGGGAGUUCUACCUGAAGGUCAAGUCCAGGAUACUGCAGAUCUUCUGUGCUGAGAUGCAGACUGAUUUCCCUAAGGAAUAUGUUACCCUGCGGAGUGGUCAGACAGACAACUACUCGGAGGUCUAUGGAUACAGGUUGCUGAACCCUUUUGAGUGCCCGUAUAAUGGCAGCAGAAGGCAGGACUGUGACUGCAGGAACGAUUACUCUGCAGCGGGAUACACUCUCUUCCACAAGGUCCGCCUGGACAUCAGCUCCCUGAGGAUAAUGACCACAGACCUGCAGUUCUCUCAGACCCUGCUUGGCCGUCCCGUCCCGUUCGCCACGGCGGGAGACUGUUACAGCGCUGCCAAGUGUCCUCAGGGCCAGUUUAGCAUCAACCUCAUAGGGACUGGUCUGAAGGUGGCUGAGACAACCAAGUGGACCUCACAGGGCAACUAUGUCUCUGUCAAAGUCCACAGAUCAGAGGACGGGGCAAGAAUCUACGGUCGCUGUGGUGGCUUCUGUGGGAAGUGCAUUCCCCAGCCUCACAACGGCCUGCUGGUUCAGGUCCAGUAAGGGUCGGAGCAACGUCAGACCAGGCAGUGAAACAGACACCAGACCAGAGCUUCCGGGGAUCCAAUGCACUUUGUGAAUGUGGCCACUAACUCCUCCCUUCAUCACCCCUUCCUCCCCACCCGGCAGCUAGAACAUAGGGACAGCUCAAAGAAUCUACACUGAGUAUGCCAAAUAUUAGGAACACCUUCCUAAUAUUGACUUGCACUGCCCCCUUUUGCCCUCAGAACAGCCUCAAUUCGUCAGGGCAUAGACUCUACAAGGUGUCAAAAGCGUUCCACAGGGAUGCUGGCCCGU